GAAGUUAUUGGCGACUUGGAAAAAGUGCUUGAAACUAACGAUGGAUAUGAUGUUAUUAUCUACGCUGGUGAAAAUGAAAAUGUAAAAGAAUUACGUGCACAUUCAAGUAUUUUAUGCAUAAGGUCUAAAUAUUUUUGCACAGCAUUUUCCAGAGUAUGGGCCAAUAAAAAAGAUGGAAAUUUUAUUUUUGAAAAACCAAACAUUUCUCCUCAAAUAUUUAAAAUUAUUUUAAGGUAA